UUAAUAUCUAUAUCAUCACAGUAUAUCUAUAUUAAUUAUAAUAUGUCAAACUCAGAUGCUUUUGUGAUUUUAAAGUUACAAUAAUUAAUUAUAUUGUAAUAAUUAAUAAUACAACAUUUUGCAGAAAAAGAAAUUAGUUGUUUAGUUUAAUCUAUAUCCGAUAGGUGGCAAUUACAGAAGCAACAAGUUUCAUUUCAUAGAACUUCCCGCCCAAAAAUGUUCGUUUAUUUACAUGGUUGCUGUAUUCCGGCAUGUACGGUGUUUUAAUUAUUGUACGAGCUUUACCGAGUGAUUUUGAAAAUAUAUUAGGACUUAUAAAUACAAGACUAUUGCAAGUGAUGAUUAUCUUGCAGAUGACACGUACAAGACAUGGAGAUAGCUCCCCCAAUAAUAGUACUCCAAAUCUCUCAGGUAAACUUGCUAAUAAACCAAAGAGGAAGAAAACGAAGAAUGUUACUAUUUGCCAGGGCAGUAUCAAGCAAGUAAUAAGUAAGAAGCUGAUAAAAGAAAUGAACAGACUCCAGGUUACAGUACAUGACAUAAUCCCAAAACUACCAUUCUGUCGGCUUAUCAAGGAAUUGAUGCACCAGUUUGGGGCUGAUCGCAUACAAGGAAUAGCUUUGCAGGGCUUGCAGGCAGCGGCUGAAAUGUAUUUGGUGCAGCUCUUUGAGGACAGCAACUUAUGCACACACCAUGGUAAAAGGGCCACCUUGAUGCCACCAGAUAUGAAGCUCGUCUUAACGUUGCGGUCCAGAUAUGAUAAUAUUGCUGUAGAUUCAUUGUAAAACGUCCCUAUUUAUUUUAUGUGUUUUACUUAUUUUUAUGUAUGUUUUAAUAAAAUUUUAAUUUCUUA